AUGACCGGACCUAAGACCGUUUUCGUCACCGGCGCAAACGGAUACAUCGGGACCGCCGUAUGUCGAGUCUUCGUCCGUGCCGGCUGGCGCACCUACGGUCUCGUCCGGCGUCCCGAAGCCGCUAGCGCGCUUAUCGCCGAGGAAGUCACUCCUCUCAUUGGCUCCAUCUCCAAGGAUGCCACAUUCCUAGAGGACCUGUACAAGUACACGAAAAUUGUCAAUGUGGUCGUCUCGUGCACAGAACAACUCCCAUUUGGAGAGCACUUUCAAGCCCUCGUCGCCCUGUUUCGGAAACUGGCCUCGACAUCCAACCAAAACGGCGUCAGGCCCCUCGUGAUAGCUACCUCGGGGUGCAAAGACUACGGCGUGACCGGCGUCCACGGGUCGCCCAGGCUCGCGCCACACACCGAGGAGUCGCCCCUCCAACCCCUAGACGUCAUCCACGAGCGGGCGUUCAACUCCCUCGAAAUAUUCACGCACGCAGAUCUAUUCGACGCGGCGCUGGUGCGUCCCACACCCGUGUUCGGGUACGAUAGCAGCUAUUACGGGCUCGCGUUCGAGGUGGCUUCGGCCGCCGCCAGGACAGAAGAGCGCGCCCUCCGGCUACCUCUAGAUUUUAAUGCGAUCCUGCAUGGCUGCCAUAUCGACGAUUGUGCCGAGGCAUAUCUGGCGCUGGCCGAGCAUGUGGACCGCACCGCCGUCGCGGGACAGUGCUUCAAUAUCUCGGCGCACAGGUACGAUACGCUAUCGAGCGUAGCUAAAGCACUCGAAGUAGAGUACGGCCUCAAAGGUGGCGUGGUGAGGACUUUUCCGACUGACGCAAACGGCAUGGUGCCGUCUCUCGACUUGGUACUUGGUUAUACCCAGUGGGUGGACAGCACGAAGAUUAGGCGGCUGACGGGUUGGUCUGAUAAGAGGAUGUUGCUCUCGGAGAACCUGCACAUCUAUCGUAUGGCUUAUGAAGAAGCGGCUAAGCGAGGGCAUGAAGGAGUAUUAAGAGUCAAAGAGAGGAUGGGAGGCAUUCUUUCUUCGGUCAAGGUAUAG